GUUUCCUCUAUGUUUAAUGUACAGAUUUUGAAGCAUGAUUGGCCAGCAAGAUGGCAAAGCUUUAUUCCUGAUCUUGUUUCAGCUGCUAAAACUAGUGAAACAAUUUGUGAGAAUUGCAUGGCUAUAUUGAAGCUUCUAAGUGAAGAGGUGUUUGAUUUCUCAAGAGGAGAGAUGACUCAAAGUAAGAUAAAUGAGCUUAAACAAUCAUUGAACAGUGAAUUUCAACUCAUUCAUGAGCUAUGCUUAUAUGUACUAUCAACCUCUCAAAGAACUGAGCUUAUACGUGCAACACUCUCCACAUUGCAUGCAUUUCUCUCAUGGAUUCCCCUGGGAUAUAUAUUUGAGUCUCCAUUGCUUGAAACGCUGCUGAAUUUUUUCCCCAUGCCAUCGUAUCGGAAUCUCACUCUUCAGUGUUUGACAGAGGUUGCAGCACUUAAUUUUGGAGAUUUCUAAAAUGCCGAGUACGUUAAGAUGUACACCAUAUUCAUGAAACUGUUACAGACCAUGAUUCCUCUUAAUACAAACAUUCUUGAGGCUUAUGCAAUUGGUUCCAGUGAAGAGCAGGCUUUUAUUCAGAAUUUGGCUUUGUUUUUCACUUCAUUUUAUAAGUCUCACAUUCGUGUGCUGGAAACUCCUGGAGAGAACAUAGCUGCUUUGCUCAUGGGUGUUGAAUAUCUUACCAAAAUUUCAUAUGUGGAUGACACAGAAGUUUUCAAGGUUUGCUUAGACUUUUGGAAUUCGUUUGUGUUGGAACUAUUUGAGGCACACCACAAUUUGGAUAAUCCUGCUGUAACGACAAACAUGAUGGGGCUGCAGAUGCCUUUGCUACCUGGUAUGGUUGAUGGCCUUGGAUCACAACUGAUGCAGCGGCGACAAUUAUAUGCUGAGCCAAUGUCAAAGUUAAGAAUGCUUAUGAUUUCUCGUAUGGCCAAGCCAGAAGAUGAAAAUGGCAAUAUUUUUCGUGAAACCAUGAAGGACAAUGAUGUUCUCGUGCAAUAUAAGGUCAGUAAUCUAUGCUUUGCAAGUAAAGUGGGCUAGAAAAAGUCCUUGGUAUUUGAAUUUUUAUUUAAUUUUUUUUUCUUGGUUUUUAAUUUUUUUGUAUUUAUUUUUGUGCUACAUUUGUAUUUUUUAAAUUGUUUUUUGGUAUCUCAUUUUUAAUUAUCAUGGAAACUUUCCUUAACCAAAUUGCUAUGGUCUAUUAUUGUUGCAGAUCAUGAGGGAGACUUUGAUAUUUAGAGAGCUUCGGAUGGCAACAAAUAACUUCAGCAGCAAGUACUUGGUUGGAUGAUGAAUUGAAGGAUGAAGCAAGUUUCACGCAUGAUUUACUUUUGUUUAUCUUGUAAUGUUUCUGUUUUUCAUUUUUAAAGUAAA